ACCCCCCCGCUUGCCGGCAUAGACACCGACACCUCCAACAGCUGCACACACCCCCGCACUCAGCGCCUGCACACACCGGCUCACCGCGACCCCACCCCUGCGCACAGACCCCACGCACGGGUGGGCACGGACACCCGCACACGGACACCCCCGCCCCGCUUCUCCCCGCACCCAGGCGGGGGCGUACGCGCCGCCCCCCGCGCCCUCCUCCCCGCGCAGCCCCGCUGCGGGCCAGGCAGGGCCGGCGGGUGUCGCAGCCGCCCGGAGCGCACAUAACGGACGAUGCGGGCCGGGACGCCGGGGCCACCGGCUGGGUAGCCCGGCACCGCCACCGCACACGGCGAAGCGGGCAGCAGGUAACGGGCCCAGGGGCGCCCCCAUCAGCACCUCGGCCAGGGGCCGGCGGCAGCGGGACGGCUCCGGCGGCGUGGGGGGCACCUGCCCCGGGGCUCUGUUCUCCCCCCGGUGUCUCCGCAGCCCCGUGGCCGAGUCCGAGCAGGGGCGAGACUGCAGCUGAACUGGGACCCUCCGGCGGCACCGGGGAAGCGACCGGCGAGGAGCUGGAGGUUCCCCUCGUCUUCCGGGGCACGACGGGCACGGGCUGGCGGGGACAGGCAAAGGCUGGUGCACAUGGAGGAGGUUUUGGAGGCACCAGCAGUGAGGAAGCAAAGAUUAUGGCUGCAGCCCAAGAAGCUGUGGGAGAUGCUCACACUGUCCCCAGUGAGCUCUGCGUUACAGCCCCAGAGACCUAGAAGGCAUAGAGGAAAUCAUCUCAGCAUCAGGAACCUUCUGUUUCUCUGGCACCUGGGGAGAUCAGCUGCAUCCAGUCAAUUGGCAGCAUGGCCACUGGGGAAGCAGAGCUGGAGAAGAGCAAGGCAAGAUGAGCUGAGAUGUAUGUCCAGGGAGCAGCAAGAGCAAAGCUGUCCAAUAAGGGAAGAAGAGCCAUAAACUGAGAGCGACCACAGCACAGGCAGGGGACAAGACCUCAUCAGCAGGGCAAGGACAAGCCAGUGACAGGUCCCAUCAACAGUGAUCACCAGGUCAAGACAAGGUGGCAAGUCAGGUCCCAGGUCCACAAGGGAAGCCCAAGGAACAAGCCUGGUCUGACAGGGUGGAUGGAGCCUCAGGCACCUUCAGAGCUCAAACCAGCUGCUGGCCGAUGCUGCCUUUGCCUACCAGUGAGGACCAGCCAGUGCCAUGGAUGAGGUGACAGAGCUGGAGAUGGGGGGCAACUCCCUCCUGAAGGCUGUGUGGCUCGGCCGGCUCCGGCUGACCCGUCUGCUGCUGGAAGGGGGGGCUUACAUCAACGAGAGCAACGAGAAAGGGGAGACUGCCCUGAUGGUGGCCUGCAUCACUAAGCACGUUGACCAGCAGAGCAUCAACAAGGCCAAGAUGGUGAAGUACCUGCUGGACAACAGAGCCGACCCCAACAUCCAGGACAAGUCCGGGAAAACAGCCCUCAUGCACGCCUGCAUCCGCGGGGCCGGGGGGGAUGUGGUGUCGCUGCUCCUGGAGAACGGGGCAGACCCCAGCCUGGAGGACCACUCAGGAGCAUCAGCCCUAGUCCAUGCCAUCAAUGCCGAUGACAAGGACGUGCUGCAGCACCUCCUGAAUGCCUGCAAGGCCAAAGGGAAGGAGGUGAUCAUUAUCACCAUGGACAAAUCAGCCUCUGGCACCAAGACCACCAAGCAGUACCUGAAUGUCCCCCCCUCGCUGGACUUCAAGGAGAGGAGCCCCCCCGAGGCAUGCACAGCACCCUCCAGCGCCCACCCGAAAACUACCGUCUCAGCACCUUCCCCUGCUGAGAAGGAGAAUGGCAUCUUCAGCCCACAUACCAGGGACUCCCCCUCUGCCAGGGCUGCUGAUGAGCUGCCCUCCCCGGGCCAGAGAGCCAGCGCGGACAGGAGAGCCCGCCUGCCCCAGCUGAAGCGGUUGCGCUCAGAGCCCUGGGGGCUGGUGGCACCCUCGGUGCUGGCAGCCCCCUUGUACCUCGACGACACACAGGUCUGUGCUGACGAUGAGGUGACCAUGGGCAUCAGUGACCUCUCGCUCUCCAAAAAGGCUCCACUGGCCCGCAGUGGCAGCAGCAAGAGUAAGGACCCCUCUGUCUUCCCUCCGGUAGAUGAGCAGGCUCUGUGGCCACCCCUGGCAAGGAAAGCCACCUACGAGAAGAGCCAGGCCACCCACCAGCGCCUGCCCCGCAGGAGCACAGUCCCUGAAGAGCCAGAGAGCGUCAGCUCCUCGGCCGCAGCAGUAGACACGCUGCACUGGCGGCGGCUGAGUGCCGAGCACCACGACUGCGACACCCAGCUCUGCAGCGUCCCCAGCCCGGCUGAGGCAGGGAAGGUGCCGUCAGAGAGGAGGAAGCUCAGCGGGUCCCACUUGGCCUUGCUGGGUGGCUCGCGGGAGGCCCUGGACGGCAGCACCGGCACAUCACCCGGCACCACCCGACGCCGGCCCCCCGGCUUGCUGGAGAGGCGAGGGUCCGGGACCCUGCUGCUGGACCACAUCUCCCACACACGUCCGGGAUAUCUGCCCCCGCUAAAUGUGAACCCCAACCCUCCAAUCCCUGACAUUGGCUCCAACAGCAAAACCUCCUCUCCGCUUGCUGCUGGCUUCAAGUCCCUGGUACCUGUUGCUCCCAGCUCACCCCGAUGGGGCGACUUGAGAGCCAAAAGGAAGCUCCUCCGGAGACACUCCAUGCAAGCAGAGCAGAUGCGGCAGCUCUCCGAUUUUGAGGAAAUAGUGGCCCAGUAACCACGUCAGUGUUUCUUUCCCAGGAAGUUUACCGAAUCAGUGCCCUCCCUGCAGAAAUGUGAUGGUUCCUGCACCAAGUGGUUGUCCAGCUCCAGGGAAGUGCUGGCGGCCGUGGGGGUCAGAGCUGUGCCUGGGGGGAGCUGGAGGUUCCUGCUCCCACCUGCCAGAGCUGCAGGGAGAGCCCAGCCCCCCAGCCCAAACAGCUGAUGUGUCUCUCUCUCUCUCACACUCUUCAUUCACUUCUGGACUUUUCCCCAGAAGCAACAACCUGAGAUGACAGUCCCAGAUCACACAAAGGCUCCCGCCCGCAGUUGACUUACUCCUCAUUAUUUACAAUCCAUUUUUCUUCCAUCCUGCUCGCUCUGGCACAAAAACCUGUCUGAAGCCCCACACCAGGAUGCUGUGGUGCUGAUAUGUUUGUGAAGUGCCUACCAGGAAGAAAAGGACCUUAAUGCUGCAUGAGUUUGGAAGAACAGAACUAGCCCUCCCUGGCAACUGAAGGCAUUGGUGUCCUCACUGUGCUGGAGAGGGAAACAACAUGCCACCGCAGAGAUUUCCAAACACUUUGAAACUCCCAAGGCUGAGCUACCCCCUUACUGCUGCAACCUGCUGCCUCCAGUGGGCUGGCCUGGGAACGGGUUUGUCUCUGAAACGAUCAAGGCUGGGAGGCAUUUCCCACCACGCUGCGCAGCUCCAAGCGCUGAAUUCCUGGGUGGGGAGUGCUCCCACCUUGUCUGUGUGGGCAGCUUCUACCAAGAGUGGGGGAGCAAGGAUGCCAAGCUGCCAAAGAUGGCACACGGUGAGCGGCAGGAGAGGCUGCAGGCACAGCACCACAACGGGGAUGACUCUGCUGCAACGGCUGCUCUUUGGGGCCAAAGCAGAGCUAAGCGAGGGCCAGUGGCUGCAAGCAGGCAGGAGG